AUGUCGAUACAUCUUAUGAUUCCAUUUAAUCAAGCACAUCUCUGUCAUUUUGAGCUCUGCCUCAACUUUACUCAAGGAACUAUAUCAGCAAUGAAGAUACUUUGUAUUUUCCUGAUCUUUAUCUUCACCAUAUCUUGUGGUCCAUCAGUUUUGCAGAGGAAAACAAGAGAAAAAACAAGAGGAAUUGAAGAAAGAAAAAGACAAUGUUACCUUGUUCGUGGUGCUUGCAAGACUUCAUGCAACUCCUGGGAAUACGUAUUUACUGACUGCGAUUCAGAGCCCUGCUGUGUUGUACGGGAAUACAUAAUGCCAGUCAAACCCAGCACCACCACUAAAGCUUCUAUAACUGUAAACUAUACUCCUGCUACACUACGUAAUACUACAGAUGCAAGUUAUAUUUCUAGUACACUACGUAAUACUAACGAUGCAAAUUAUAAUUCUACUACACUGUCUAAUACUACAGAUGUAAAUUAUAAUUCCACUAUAUAA